CAAAACAUUUAGAUUCGGUAAAAGCUCAUUGUGUUCAUAACGUGAAUGUAAAAAGUGGUCAUGUUACGUUCAGUUAUUUUGGUUCUUUUGAUUAUUGCAGUAUACGGCGAGGAGCAAAAUGCACUUCGUCAACUGAUUUCGAAGCGCGGUCCUGUAGCUUUAAGUCGUGCAAUAUCAUCUUGCAAACAGGGACGUCGACAGGAUUGUGAGGACUGUUCUACAGUAAAAAUUUGUAGCUACGAUCAGACCGCUCUUACAUCCUAUCGCUGUCAAGAUGUAGAUCCAGCUAAGCCUUAUUGUACAGGUGAAGGAAUAUGCUCAGAAACGCAAGAAGAUGGUGUUGUGUGCAACGAAGCGAAUGAAUUGUGUCCGAUGAAUUCUCCUGGGUUCUAUCCUGACCCUUCAAAUUGCACUAGAUAUUUGUAUUGUGAUUCUGAAAUGUUAGGAUAUGAGCAAAACUGCUUAGCGGUCAAUAAUGUGUACAACCAGACUACGGCUGCUUGCUUCCUUAAGCGCCGUUCAUCUGAUUGCUUCCAGGUGGAUUGUAAAAAUUCUCGAAACAUAAAUAAGUGGUUUGUAUACACACCUUUCCCACAGCUGUAUUUUCUGUGCUCGUCAAAUGGGGCAAUCAUGUUCAAAUGCCCGCGUGAAACUGAUGUUUUUGAUUUGGACCUAAAACGAUGCGAGUUUGAAUGUCGCGAAGCGGGAAGAUUCGCUCAUCCUAAUGUCAGAAUGUACUACGAAUGUGCAUUUGUUAGCACCAGCAAGCUCCAGAAGUUUGAACAAACUUGUCCACCUUUACUGGAGUUUAAUGCAAAGGAUCAAAAAUGUCUUGAAAAAAAUGACUUGAUGAGUUAAUAAAGAUUGAUGGGAUUUGUUGAUGUUAUUAUUGAAAAUGGCUACUUGUGCAUAAGAGUAACACAUGAAUAAAUGCAAAGCAAACUGUGAAAAAUA